CUGCUGAAGGUGUAUUAUAUCGGGGUUAAGGUGGUGCUGGAGCAGCUGUUCGGCCGAGCCUUCGCCGUACCAGGUACUCAUUGACGAGUGAAGCACCAACUGAAGGAACGUCAGCUAAGAAGCAAUGGAGAUAAAAAACGAAAGUUUACAGCCUGACCUUAAACUAGUUGCUCAUCCAAGAGCAAAGAGUAAGGUAUGGAAGUACUUCGGGUUUGACACCAAUGCCGAAGGAUGCAUUUUACAGUGGAAAAAGAUCUAUUGCCGCAUUUGCAUGGCCCAAAUAGCUUAUUCUGGGAAUACCUCCAACCUUUCGUACCAUCUUGAGAAAAAUCACCCUGAUGAGUUCUGUGAAUUUGUCAAAAGUAACACUGAGCAGAUGAGGGAAGCUUUUGCAACUGCAUUUUCCAAAUUAAAGCCAGAAUCUUCUCAGCAAACUGUCCAGGAAACAUUAAUAAUGAAAAGCAGCCAUAACUUUGACAACAAGAAGCACCUAGAAUUGACCUCUGCUGUAAUCAGCAUGAUUUGUGAGGGCAUGUUCCCUGCUUCGAUAUUGGAUGAACCUACAUUUAAAGCUCUUUUGAGAACAGCUGAUCCCCGGUAUGAAUUUCCAAGUAGAAAGUUUAUUUGCACACGAGUGUUGCCUGAAAAAUAUAAUGCGGUGAGAGAUGUCAUACUAAAAGAACUGACAGAUAUUUUGUGGUGUGGAAUGUCCACUGAUUUCUGGAGGAGCGAAAAUCAGAACCGAUCGUAUGUGACCCUUUCAGUCCAUUAUCUGUGCUCUGGGACUUCGCAUUUUUUAUCGGUAAAUUCACGGUUCUUAAAAACAUUUGAGGUACCAGAGGAGAACAAAGCUGAGACUAUAACACGAGUCCUAUAUGAAACCUUCAUUGAAUGGGGAAUAAAUUCCAAAGUAUUUGGUGCUACUACAGAUUACAGUAAAGACAUUAUCAAAGCAUGCUCCCUUCUGGAUAUCCCCGUGGUUAUGCCUUGCUUAGGUCAUACAUUUAAUAUGGGUAUACAGCAAGCCUUCCAACUACCAAAACUAUCUGGACUUCUUUCUAGGUGCAGAAAGCUAGUAGAAUAUUUUCAGCAGUCUUCCCUUGCAAUGUAUAUGCUAUGUGAGAAACAGAAACAGCAAAACCUAUUUCCUUGCAUGCUUGUAAGUGACCGUGUGUCCUGGUGGGGUAGUACUCUUUCCAUGUUGCAGCGUCUUAAGGAGCAACAAUUUACAAUUGCCGGUGUUUUGGUGGAGGACAGUAAUAAUCAUCAUCUCAUGUUAGAAACUAGUGAGUGGAAUACAAUUGAAGGUCUGGUGGACUUGCUACAGCCAUUUAAGCAAGUAGCAGAAAUGCUUUCUAUGUCAAAAUUUCCUACCAUUAGUAUGGUAAAACCUCUUCUGCAUAUGCUACUAAAUACAUCCCUGAACAUCAAAGACACUGACCUGAAAGAAAUCAGCAUGGCUAAAGAAGUGAUUGCUAAAGGUCUCUCAUCUACCUAUCAGCAGACGCCAGAAAUAGACAUGUUUCUAAAUGUGGCAACCUUUUUGGAUCCAAGGUACAAAAAGCUUCCAUUUCUAUCUGCAUUUGAACGAGCACAAGUUGAAGGUCGAGUGAUUGAGGAAGCUAAAAGCCUUUUAGACAGAGGGAAAGAAAACUACCGGGCUGAUGAUAAAGUUUUUUCAAUGUCUGAUGAACCCCCAGUAAAAAAAAGUAUGGUUUCUUCCACCCCACCACCUACCAGUAGCAUCAACAAUAUGUUGGCUGAAAUCUUCUGCCAGUCAGGAACGUCUGAAGACCCGGAGGAAUGGCAUGCACAAAUUGUAGAAGAAUUGAGCAAUUUUAAAUCACAAAAAGUUCUUGGUUUAAACGAGGACCCUCUGAAAUGGUGGUCUGACCGUUUGGCUUUAUUUCCAUUAUUACCAAAGGUGCUUCAAAAGUACUGGUGCAUUACAACCACAAGAAUCAUCCCUGAACGUCUCUUUAGUUCAUCAGCAAAUGUUAUAAAUGCAAAAAGAAAUAGACUUGCACCUGCACAUGUAGAUGAGCAGGUAUUUUUGUAUGAGAACACACGAAAUUGCUCCGAUGCAGAGCCAGAAGAUGACGAGGAAGGAGAGUGGGGCCUACAGCAAGAACCUUUUUUUAACAUAAAUGAAACUGUCAAUAUUGGCAGCAACUUCUUUACAGCAAGAGACAGUGGGUUCAUUUAAAUACUUUAAAAUGUUAUUAGUGAUAUUGAUAAUAAAGGUAUUUGUCAUACCAGCUACCAAAAAAGUUUUAACUGGAUGAGAUAUUUAAUGUAUAGACUAUUUUAGCCAUUACUAUGUAUAUGAGUUGUUGUCUACUUUAUAAAUACACACACUGCUCCUGGGCACAAAAUCUUCAUUAGCUAUUGGCAAGGAAAUUCAUCCCUCGUGAGUGUGACAUGCACCCUUUAGCCUUGCAGUGGUGAGUAACUUUUGUAAGGCUUGGCUAGUAGCGUAAAACUUGAAAUUUUAAACCUAGUAGUGCUCUACUAUCAUACUUCAAAUUACCAGGAAUAUAUUCGCCGGUGGUUUAGUAAUUUGUUCAGGGAAUUAUUUUUUUUUUUUUUUUUUUUAUCAAAACAUGUAAAUAUGACUGCAUGUAUUUUGUCAUACUCCCAACGAAAAAAGUGAAACGCUGCAUGUGUUAAGGAAGCAACAGACUUUAUGCUCAUUUAGUAGUUUCUGUGGUGGUGGUUCCUGAGAAAUUAAUUGUAAUUAAAUUGAAAGGGCAGUUAUUAUUUAAUAGAUGGCAUCCAUUGUUUCCAUACUACUCAGCACAACUCUUGAGAGCUUGGCCAGCAUGUGAGCCUAAUUGUUUCAGUUGGGGUAUGUGGAUUCAACGGUUGAUGUGCAUUGUUUGGCGGAUUCUGCAGAUCUCUCCUCCAGUCUCACAUUAUAUCAAGUUAUGACCACCGUAAUCACAGUCUGGAACACUUCAUUAGGAAAGCCACUUAUUGUAUAUUCCCACUUAUCAGGCUGAUCUGUACUUGACACGUGCCGCUGUUUGUGCUCUUUCUGAAAUGGGAAGCCACUGAGGUGGGAGAGAAAGGAUAUACUAACUCUCUCACAGAGGCUUCACAUAGUGAAGGAGUGGGGAGAGAACAUAAACACUAAUUGCUGCACUAGCUUAGCACAACACUAUACCACGAGGAUAAAUAAUGAAAGCUAAAUAAAUAUGGGCAUUAUAAGUAAGAGAUGUAUGAGUGUGUGUUAUUCUACAGCUACUUAUGUAUAGUUAGAGAGAAACACUAUGAGAAAGAAUACAUAAUAAAAAUAAAAAGUAUAUUCAAAGUCAUUGCUGAGUAGCUACAAAGCAACAUAUUCUAACAUGUUUAAGACCAUUAAAAUGCCUACUAGUAAGAAACCUGUUCAAAUCCCUGUUCACACAUUUGACAACUUACCAAGGCAUUAAAGGAACACUAUAGGGUCAGGAACACAAACGUGUAUUCCUGACCUUAUAGUGCUAAACCCACCAUUUAGCUGGCUUGCCCCUCCAUAGCCCCCCUGUAAAAGUUUAAAACUCACCUUAUUCCCAGCGCCGCGCGGGUCUGCCGGCACAGGCUCCGCCCACUUUGUGACAUAAUCAAAAUGGCCGAUUUUUAACCUAUCCAAUGCUUUCCCAUAUUGAAUCAAUGCGUCUUUAUGAGGAAAAUCCAGUGUCCCCAUAUGUGUGUUUGUAUGUGAGUGUGUCAGAUGGUGAGGCUGUGUGUGGGGUGAGUAUGGCUAAAUAAGUGUGUACCUUUUAUUUACCAUUUAUGCUCUGACAGUCAAAGAAUUAUUGUGAAUUAUGGGCUCCUAACUUUUAGCCAUGAAUCCUAAAAUGGAGCCCUAUUUUAGCCUACUGUUUUACUAAUGCAUUUGCCAGCUAGACAGUGCUUACCACUUAAAAACCAUCAACAGAUCAGGACAUACAUUUGUCUUACCCUGGGCUGUUUCUUCUUUACCUAUAGCCAUCUAUUCAACCAAAUUUUAAGGUAAAAUUUCAGAAGUUUUACUUGCUUUCUCUGAACUGAAACAUACAUAAAGCGGAUCCUCUACCUAUUAAACCACCAGAUAAAUAUAUGUUUGGCAGUAAAAAUCUCGUUGUUGACUAGAUAGUAGAUUUAAUUCCAGCACUAAUAGUUUAAACUGUUUUUAGAUAUUUAGACUGAUUGUAAGUUCUAAACCUUGAAUUAAGCAACCCAGCAAUAAUAUAAAGAUGGAUUGCUGUAUUAUUUAAAACUCUCAUUGAAAUGAGACGGCCACUAGAGGCACUCCCUGCUUGCUUGGCGACUUUUGGUCGCCUAGCUAACGCUGGACGUCCUCAUGCUCUGCAUGAGGACAUCUGCCAUCAGUUAAAUCCCAUCGGAAAGCAUUAAAGCAAUUAGUCAAAGGAGGUGGAGCACCGACCAAGCUCUGAGGGACAUAGUAAGCGCUGGAAGUGUUACAAGACUUUUAAACCCUUGCAGCGCCAGUGGGGGGGCACGAGGGAGGGGCCCCAGAAGGAUAUGAUAGCAUUAGAAAUACACUUUUGUAUUCAUAAUGUUACAAUGUUCCUUUAAUAUUUGUUGAUAAGAAAUUCCGUAAAAAUGUAUAAUUC